GCAGAGCAGUGUAUAGGAGUCAGUAGGACAGUGUACAGGGGUCAGCAGGAGCAUUGUACAGGGGUCAGCAGUGCAGAGGAUGAGAGAUCAGCAGGGGAGUGUACAAGAGUCAGUAGAGAAAUGUACAUGCGGUCAGUAGGGCAGAGGAUAGGGGUCAGCAGGGUGGAGGAUGGGAGGUCAGCAGGGGACUGUACAAGAGUUAAAAAGGCAGAGGAUAGUGGUUAGUAGGGCAUAAGACAGGGGUCAGCAGAGCAGAAGACAGAGGUCAGCAGGGCAGAGUACAGAGCCAGCAGGGCAGUGUACA